CUCCAAUUAGAUAGAUUCCGUACGUUUUACAGUGAAACAAAAAAGAAAGAGAGAGAGAGAGAGAACACAGUAAUGAGCGACGCAUUGAAGAGAGACUAUCAGGUAAUCGAAGAGAUCGGCCGGGGACGAUUCGGUACUGUUUUCCGAUGCACUUCCAGAGCCUCCGGUGAAUUCUACGCCGUCAAAACCAUCGACAGGCGGCGAAUCUCCGCCGGUGAUUCACUUGAUGCCGAAUGCCUCGUUAACGAGACCAAGAUCCUGCAUCUUCUCUACUCUCACCCUCACAUUCUCGCGCUCCACGAUCUCUACGAGGACGAAUUUCACCUCCAUAUGGUCCUCGAUCUCUGUUCUUCUUCCGAUCUCCACACUCGAAUCACUCUCCAGGUGUUCUCCGAGGCUCAGGCUGCUUCGAUUAUGUCGCAGCUUAUGCAGGCCCUGGCUCAUUGUCACCGUCUCGGAGUCGCACACCGCGAUAUCAAGCCGGACAACAUUCUCUUCGACGAAUGGGACUCGGUGAAACUUGCGGAUUUCGGAUCGGCGGAGAUGUUCAGGCAGGGCGAAGAGUCCAUGAACGGCGUCGUCGGAACGCCGUACUACGUGGCGCCGGAAGUGCUGGCAGGGAAGGAUUACGGCGAGAAGGUUGAUGUGUGGAGUGCCGGCGUUGUGUUGUACGUUAUGUUGGCCGGUUUUCCGCCGUUCCACGGUGAAUCGGUGGCUGAGAUCUUCCACGCGGUGUUGAGAGCAAAUUUGAGAUUUCCCUCCAGAGUGUUCCACUCCGUAUCUCCCGCCGCGAAAGACUUGCUCCGAAAAAUGCUCUGUAAAGACGUUUUCAGAAGAUUCUCCGCUGAACAAGUCCUCAGACACCCGUGGAUAACGAGCUGCGGAGGAGCCAGGCCGGCGACGGAGCUAGCCUGAACCUGAACUUUUGCACAAAUUAAAAGUAAAAAAAAAAAAAAAAAGUAGAAAGCAGAGUCGUAUAGAUAGAUGGCACUGAUCUUGUUCUUCGUUCUUUUGUUUUGUUUUUGUUUUUGUACAAAGGGUUUGCGUAUCAUAGAGAUGGCGGAACCAAAUGAAGCCAGAGCAGAGCAUAUAAACCAGUUACUGAAAGAGUUCGUAUAAUCUCUUUAAACCUUUCUGUAAAUUUCUGUGCAAUGGCUGGCCACGCCACAGUUCUUUGAACCAUCUAUUUUCUGCUACUGAUCUCGACGCUUUAAAUUCUUCUUUCAAUAAUAGAAAGAAAAUCUUUGGCAUCCCAUAA